GAUAGAGAGGAGAGAGAGGGACACAGAAGUCCUUAGAAAUGCUCUGCAAACAAGUUGAAGGUGUGAAGUUCUGGCCAGGAGUACACAGUGCAACAUUAGUAUUGCCUUGAUAACAGACGUCUCCAUUACAGGAAUCCUCAAUAUCUUACAGCACUAGGAAUUACAACAUCAAGUUGUCUGGACUUUGAAAGGCCUGUUGUGCUGUUGGAGAUUUUUCUGGGUGAGCAUGGCGUGUUUUGUUUGAUUAAUUCAGAGUUUACUGUAAUACUUCAAUUGGUCCAUAAUAUAUUUAUUGCUGUUUAUUUCUACUAAAAUAUCUUAAAAUAAAAUAAAUCUUUCUCACAGAAUAUACGAUGCUGGUUGUAUUAUAGGUAAACCCAUAUUGUGCCAUAAAAUCUUCACCAAGGAUACCACAUGAAUCUGAAAGUGAAUGCUGUACCCAUGAGAAACAUUUUCCAGAAUCUGAGAGACAACACACCUGGGAGAAGUCACGCCACCAUGAGCACAGCUGUACCUUACACAAGAGGCUAUUGAAAGCUGAGGGGGAGAUUCAGGAUCUGAAAGCUCAGAUUGCCUAUCAAAGGGCAGCAUGGGAAAUGCGGUUCAUGGAGCUGCAGAAGAGACAGCAUGAUCUAAGAGCUCAAUUGUACUCUGAGAUUGUCACUAGGUCAGGUGCCUUGUACAAAGCAAGUGAUUCAACAGAAAUGAAUGAGAACUUCAGAGAGUCUGACUUGGAGAAUGGACACAAGGAGGAAAAGAAACGUGGCUGGUCCAGUGGCUUGAACAAAAUUCAUCAACUGGAUAUGAAAAUACUGCAUGAUGUGGCUUACUCAAACAGUCUGACAUGCAGUCAGGGCUCCUUUUGUGCUAAUACUGACUCCAGAUCAACAUCUGCCAUGUCUAUCAGCACAAGUCUGGGCUCAUGGAGAAGUGGCACUCGUCCCCAAAGAGCCUUUGUGCCCCAUUCCCCAGUGGACCUGCAGAUUGGCCACAGGGUUAGAGUUUUGCUUCCUACAGGCCGAAUUAGCACUGGAACCCUGCGCUAUCUGGGCCAACCACAUGGCUCAUCUGACUUUUAUUUGGGUGUGGAGCUGGAGCUGGCUGAGAAUGCAAACCAAGCAGGCACCUGUGAGGGGCAGUGCUACUUUGACUGCAAGCCUGGACAUGGUGCAUUUGUGGCAUUCAGCAAGCUACUACUGGCCUGGGAGUAGACAUAUCAAUUAGUUCUUUUUCACUCCUUCUAACUGCCAGGACCCCUGAGAGGCACCUUCUUGUGAGCAUACACGUACAUGCUCAGACAUUUCAACAAAGUCACAAAGUAAAGUAUGAUGCAGUAUUUGUAAUAAAUACUGCUGUCCUACAGCCAUUUCCCCAAUACUGUUUUUGGUUGACUGUGUUAUUUAAUGAGCCAUGCUGCAAGACUUGCACUUGUCUUGCCAGUGUUUAAACCCAGUGCAGAGUCUGACUCAAAUGUCAUACCCUAACAACUUGCCAAUGCUCCCAUGUUCACAAUGAAUAUUAAGCAUAGUGAGAAGCUGUGAAAGCAGACUGAGUUGCUUUCUAUGCAUAUAAACAACCAGGUGGCAGAUGUGGCUCAGCUUAAACUGUUCUGGAAAUGAAACCACGCAAUGCAGAAUCUCAUGUCCCUCAAAGAAGCCCUCCAUAAAACACAAUGACUGGAACUCCUUCCAUCUGAGGAGUGAGAGGCUGUUAUGUCUACAGCAACAUUUGGGAGGUUUUCCAGGCGACCCAGGAUCAUGUUAAAGUCUGGCCUCAGUAGUGCCUGAAAACAAGUUUGGAUCAGCUCCUGGCUCAGCUCCUCAGCUCCUAUCUGAUCCAAUAGAAUAUUAGCUAUUCUAUUGUUAGCAUUAGAAUCUGCAGAUAUUAGUCCCUAGGCAAGGACAGCUCCAAUUGAAAUCUUGCUCCUGGCAGUGGUACACUUAGGCCAGGACAUAGAGUCCACUAGCCUGGUUAAAGCACAAAUAUUAUUAGCACAGACUGUCUUGCUGGACACAUGUAAAAGUAUCCUGUAAAAUCAGCCUUGUGGGCCAGAAAUUGUCUUUGGACUUGCUGCAAAAAAGGCCCUGGAAAGAAGAAUGGAGGGUUUAGAAUCAUGAAACUAGCAUGGCAAAAUUGACAAACCACGAAGUGACUUUUUGUCACAUCAACCCAGUCCUGCAUUCCAAGAGCCACUAAGGUCAUUUUGAAU